UGUGAGAAGGGCUGUAGUGCAUUCCUGCCUGUCUGAACUUCUGUGUUGAAUAAAGUUUUGGGGAAAACGGAAACCGGAAAUAGACUCCGCUUCCCGUCAAGAAACCCGCACUCCUCCAUCAUAUCAUAAUGCCAAAAUCAAAGGAAGUACUGUCUUCCACAUCUGGAAGUGACUCUGACAGUGAAGUGGAGACCAAGGCAAAGCGAAAGAAGCCUAGUACACCAGAGAAACCAGUCAAGAAACCAAAGAGUGGGGAGAGUUCCAAGCCAGGGGGCUCAUCCAAGGGCAGCAGUAAUAGUGAUGACAACAUGUUCCAGAUUGGAAAGAUGAGAUAUGUCAGCGUCAGGGACUUCAAAGGUAAAGUCCUGAUCGACAUCAGAGAGUACUGGAUGAACGCAGAUGGGGAGAUGAAGCCGGGGAAAAAAGGUAUCUCCCUGAAUCCUGAACAAUGGAACCAACUGAAAGACCAGAUUUCAGAAAUUGACGAUGCCAUUAAGAGAAUAUAAGCAUUCCUUCCGGUGUUAUCUGUUGGCUGAUACGUUUUGUAAAAUGCCUGGGAUUGUUUUCUAUUUGACGUAAUUUGUAGUUGUAUAGAUGUUGUCUGCAUUUUGUUUUCUGUUUGAAACGUGUUUGAGUUGUUGUAGUGAUGGUGUGGGUGGAUGAGUAAGGUGUUGAUUACAGUAGGUGACUAGUGUGCAUCGAAUCAGUGAUGUUUUUGUAUCGAAUAAUAAAAAUGAGGCGCUAGCUUAAUAUUGUUGAGUUAAUGUGUAAGUGUGUGUGUUCACAAUUUGAUCUUCUCUUUGCUUCACCUGACCUUUGUAACAUAUAGUACCCAAUAUCAGUGCUUUUCAUUUCUGAAAGCCCAGCCCAGCCUGUUCUACUGUACCAGGAGGUAAUUUCACUCAUGGCUUAGGUUUUGAAAAUAAAAAUACUAUUAAACCAA